UCGGUAUCGGGCAAUUUUUAAUCGUUUAAAUUUGCCAUUUCAAAAUGUUAAUGUGGGUCAUUUAUUUUGUGGUGCUAAUAAGUGCGAAAAGUUUUUCAAUCCUGUUGCUUGAUGAUCAUUAUGGCUCUCGCCUUCUUGGAUCUGUACAAGCUGAUGAAAAUGCUUUCCCUUAUACGGUUAAUUAUUUGAUAGGGGCAUUGGGGAUAUGCGGAGGUGCUCUGAUUUCUUCGGAACAUAUACUCACAUCGGCAUCUUGUUUGGAAGGGCAAACUGCAGUUUUUGUGUGUAUCGGCGCCCACGACAGAACGUUACUAGAACCUGGUCAAUACAGGGAAUUGGUAACACAAGACCGAUUUAUCAUCCAUGAAAACUGGACUGUGGCAACUUACGAAAACAAUAUUGCGAUAUUGGUUCUUAAUGGAAAUUUUGAAAUGACUGAAAAAAUCCAAAGUAUCGGACUACCUUCACGCUCAUUUCUAGAAAAAGCUUUCCAGGACUUCAACUUUAUUGCAAGCGGUUGGGGGUAUGCUGGAGGCACACAUGAAACGGAGAGUUUUCUGCAUUAUAUGAAUGCUUCCCUUCUACCGAAUGCAAUAUGCAGACACUUCUAUGCACCAAGCUUCACUUUAGAUAAUAUCUGCAUCGAUGGAAGUUUUGGCCAUAGUGGAUGCGACGGAGAUGCCGGCGGUCCAUUGGUGUUAGCUCCAGAAGUUGAGGACCAAAAUCAAUUUUCUUCGAACUGGAUUUUAGUUGGUAUCCAAUCCCUUGUUCCACAGCUUGGAUGUGAAGAACGUUGGCCAACUCUUUACACAAGAGUUUCUUCGUACUUGGAUUGGAUUGAAGAGAAAACAGCAAUAUCCAUUGAGGAUUAGUGUAUUUUGGAGAUGAAUUUAAUUUUUUAUGCAUUCUUGUGAUACACAUUUUAUCGAUAUAAUUUAAUUCUUUAUGCAUUAAAAUUAUUUAUUUAUACAGUGAA